AAACAAUAAUAUUAGAGGCUUGGUCUUAUAUAAAAGUGUUCAAUUUUUACUUCUCUCGGUCACUGGAGGAAUCGUCUACAACUCUACAUCAAUAUACUUGUAAUAUUUGACGUACCUGGUGUGUUCACCUUGCAUAGCAAUAAGUUACCAGCCAUUUUUUAAGUAAAUAUCCUAAAUCGACUUUCAGCAUAUUAACAUGCAUUGUAGAUAUACUGUAUAUCUUGACGUACUAAUGUCAACAUUUUCGGGGCUAAUUCCUAGGCCUUUUGUGCACAACAUGCUGUUGUGCUACCGUCCUAAGGAUGAAUUGAUUCGGGGGUCCACAAUAAACUAAUCGGUUCAGCGGCAAUGAAUAAUUCUGUCAGUCACGAUUGCUUUCUUAACAAAAUUUGAUUCAGGAAUAGUGUGCUGCUAUUCGAUUUUCUAUGGCAGCUUAACAGUGGGAGCAAAAGCUAGAUACAAAAUGCAUCACUACUACAAUUUAUCACUCAGGGUGGAAUUCAUGCAUAAUAUUAAAAUCUGUCAGUUUGAUAGGGAAGACUUCAGCAAGAUCGUUAAGAUUUCGUUCCAGUAGAGCUCAGGUUACUAUUACUUGGGAGUUGCCAUCUCUCAGGAUGGCCCAGCCCAUAUGCAGAAGAACUGGAAUUUUUGUGAAGAUAUCUGUCACAGAACGAUGGAGCAAAAAUUAAAUAUAGCAGAAUCAAGGAAAGGAUGGGGGAGAGAAAUUUGGGCUACAUUAUAUAUCUACGAACACGAUUAGAGGAUGCAGGGUGGGGAAGGUUAUGGCUGGACAUCUGCUAUAUGGAAGGAGGGGUGAUUGUUGGGGAGGGGCUGGCAGGUGGAGGAGGGGACAUGCACCAGCAUUGGCUCAGGCAAAAGAAUGAGUAUCGGGAGAAGGAACGGAUGGGGGAGGGGCCGUAGGAAGGUAGGAAUCGUGGGAGAGGGAGGGAGGUAGGGCAGUAAGGAGGGAUGGGAGUUGGAGAAUCCUAGGGGGGGAUACAUAGGAGGGGAAGUGGUUGGGAACUUCUCACUUACCGUUCACCCAGUGGCACACACCGACGCACGCACGCUCCGCACUGCCCUCAGUCGUUGCCGGAGGAUGACGCAGGUGACAACCUCCACCCGACGCCCCACCUGACGGAGACACCGAUCUCACGUGCGACUGGCGAGGUCUUCCACGAGUCGGUGCUCUCCUCCCGUGAAUUUCCAUCGUGAUUUAUCCCCGAUUACAAAGUCUUGCGAACUUAUUAUACCCACCAGUGUGACCCUCAAUGACCAUAGUGUUGUGAACCUCGACCGAAGGAUCACAAACAGCAGCUCUAACUCAGCCUUGAAUAGUGUAUAUCUCUAGAUUAGAGGACAAAGUUUAUGGUGUUUUUGCAAGGGUAGGAGUGGCAACUGGGGGAAAAUCAAGAGGAUGGAGUGACCCCAAAAGAUAGUGGCACUUAAAAAACCUAAAAGAGGGAGUAAGACGAAGGUGCCACUCAGAUAAAACACCAAGAGGAAGGAGUGGUACUUGAAGUGUCACCAAGGUGACACGUCUAGAGAGCCACACCAGGUGGUGGUGGUGAUACGGAGGGAGAACAGGUGAAAGAAAAAAAAAGGGUGACAGGAGACGCGAGCGAAGAUGCUGUCUGUACUGAGCAUGACCGAGGGUCACUUGGAAGACGACGGGGACGACAACCCCCACAUCCUCGAUGACGACGACCAGCACCACGACACCUUACCCCUCUCUAAGGCUGAGCUCAGGAAGAGUAACAAACCCAUCAUGGAGAAGAGACGGAGAGCCAGGAUCAACACUUGCCUCAACGAACUCAAGGCUUUGAUUCUCGACGCCAUGAAGAAAGACCCGGCGCGGCACAGCAAGCUGGAGAAGGCAGAUAUCCUGGAGAUGACGGUGAAGCAUCUUCAAGCAGUGCAGCGGCAGCAGCUGGCCCUCGCUGUCGCCCACGACCCAGCUGUUCUCACCAAGUUCCGCAGUGGCUUCACCGAGUGUGCCCAGGAGGUCACUAGGUACGUGUCAAGAAUCGAGGGAGUGGACACAGCUGUUCGUCAGCGCCUUAUGCAGCACCUGGGACAGUGUGUGUCUGGGUUGACUGCCAUGACUCCCAUGUCCUUCACUGCAAUGGCUGGGUUGCCGAUGCCUCUAGCCCACCUGCAGGGUAACACCAUGCACCCAGCACCUCCCCCAACACUUCACCAGAACCCCGGCGACAUCAACAACAAUCAGGCGAGGCUGAUACAUGGUCUCGUGGCAGCGAGACUUGCUGCUGCUGGGGACGCCGCUGGAGCAGCUCUUCUUCUUCAUGGUGGGCUCUCUCUUCUUGCUCGCGCUGCACCACAUGCACCAACAGCAACACAACCUACAGCACCUUCACUUCAAGGAACACCCACGGGUCCUUCGCCCCAGAAUAUAGCACAACCGUCCCAAGUACUUCAGCCGCAAGUAGUGAAGAUAAACGAUGGUGCCUCUUCAUCCGGUGAACGCCCAUUGCGACCCUCUGCAUUUACGGCUGUGCGACGGGCGUCAUCGCCUCUCAGAACACAGCAUGAUAUACAUACUCGCGCACCAGACACACACACUUCUACCCAGACGCAGCAGGUUGUGGCUCCGACAGCUAGAAGAUAUAUAGGACCUCCUGAGACUCAUCAAGAGACCGUGGUCCGGGCGCAAGUGGCCGUUCAGCCAGUAAACUUAACGAUGUCUGCUCCCCAAGAUGCUGAUCUUCGUGCACCUCUGGACUAUUCCUUCAGAAAGAGGUCUUUGACAAGACCAACGCCUACCCACCCCGCAUCUCUGUCUAUGACCACACAUACUAACCUCUCACACACAGAGGUCAAACACAGCUCAUCCACACACUUAACACCUUCGCCAUAUCCUCCUGGCCUCAUGCUUGCUAACAAAUAUCAAGUAACACAAAGCUCACAUUUGUCGCAGACAUUAACCAAUAAGAGGCCUUUAGAAGAGCAAGACAACUCUUGUGCUUGUCCACCAAAAAUAAUGAAAACAGAAUACUCUUCUUCAGUGGGUCCAUCCAUCCCACUGCGCCUUACACCUCCUGGGCAGUCUUUAGACUCUUCACAAACAUCUCCACACCUGACUCCUACUUCGCAGCCACAAACAUCUCCUUUGCACCUGACUCCUCCUACACAUUCACACACAUCUCCCUUACACUUGACUCCUACCUCACAUACGUCCUCACAUUCUCAAACAUCUCCCUCAUACCCAACGCCUCCAUCACACACAUCUCCCUCACACGUGGCCCCACCUUCGCACAUAUCUCCUUCAAAUAUGACUCCUCCUCCGUCACUGACAUCCUUACACUCACACGCGUCUCCGGAGACGUCGCCGACUUCGCCAACGACGCCAAAAAAGGAGAUGGCGUUGGACAAUGCGUCUCCUGACAGACCCUCCACCUCCGCCACUCAGGAAGAAAAGGACAUGUGGCGCCCUUGGUGACCUGCAACGACCACAAAGUAGCUGUCCCAUCUUUUUAAGUCUUAAGUUAAGCACUACACCUGUGGGAGGGGGUGUCAUUUAGCGCGAGUGGUAGAGGCUCAAUCCUCCGUCCGCUAAUCGCGGCGUAGUCUCUGACAAGUGAGGUCAUUCAGUGACCGAUAGUUGUUCAUACAGAACCGGUAACUUGUUGCCAUGCAAGGUUAUGAUCGUCCGAGGGUAGAACUAAAGGCCAUUGCCAUUUUACUACAACAAAAAAGGACUUGAUCCUCCGUCCGCUAAUCGCGGCUUAGUCUCUGAUUAGUGAAGCUGACCAGGGAGAGUAAUUUGCCAGGGACAGUAGCUGGCCAGGGACAGUAGCUGUCCCACAUCCUGGUGAGGAUUCUUUUAUGACGAAGUCUUGUUAUGAAGAAUUACCUGGAGUCUACCUAGAGGUUAUUCCGGGGGAUCAACGCCCCCGCGGCCCGGUCCACGACCAGUUAAGAAAGUUGCAAAUUUUCAGUUAUAUCCCGGUGGUUCUUCAUGCAGAACCCGGUAACGUUUAGUCAUGCAAGGUUAUGUUCGUCCAUCUGUAGAUCUUAAGGCCAGUAUCACUUUACUACUGCAUACAAACUAUAUAAAAUAAAAAAUCACAAUACCGCGGAUGUAACAAUAUGCAAAUAACCCUCACUUAGGAGAGGGAACUUACGACGACGUUUCUGUCCCUCUUGAACCAUUAUCAGGUUGUAACUUCAAAAUGGCCCAGGAGGGACCGAAGCGUCGUCAAAAUUUUCCUCCCCUAAGUACGAGAUAUUUGUAUAGAGAAAUUAUUAUGUUUAAAUAUAGCCUUCUGAUUAGCUGGACUUGUGAGUCUUGGAGGUGGGAAGUACAAUGUCUGUACUUUAAAGGAGGGGGUUGGGAUACUGGCUGUUUGGAGUGACAUCCAGAUGGUGAAAGUGUUUUUUUUUUUGGGUCACCCAGCCUCGGUGGGAGACGGCCAGCUUGUUAAAAAAAAUAUUUAUCUGUUAGCCGGUCUUUCUCCAGUUGACAGUCAUGUUCCAAGACCUCGCUGUCCCGAUCUCAAAGACAUUUAUGUGUAAUGUAGAUCCCUGGCUGUCAGGGCCUCAGCUGACUUAGUGCAGUGAUAAAACUUGUUGGGAUGUGUCGUUCAGUCCUGCGUGAAAUGUUGUAAUUAAGGAUUGCCUUGUGAGUAUGUGUUUCUCAUCGUCUGUCGGCUCGCAUCAUCCGAAACUGUGCAGGCAAUACCCACUCACCCACCAAAACUCACUCACCACCCACCAAAACCCACCCACCUACCACCACAAACACCCACUGCUAACAGCCGCCCAUCCGUAACUACCCACCAACACUACUACCACCCCCACCACCAAUAAUAACACUACAACCACCAUCAACUACACCACCAUCAGUAGCACCACCAGCACCUCUACCUCCUGCCACCCCACUUGGAGAGUGUUCCAAGGGUCAACGCCCCCGAAGCCCAAUAUCAAACCUAGUGGAUGAAGGUCUGAUCAACCAGGCUGUUACUGCUGGCCGCACGCAGUCCAAAGUAGGAACCACAGCCCGGCUGAUCAGGAACUGUAGGAGCCAAAGAAUGAUUUCUAUGUGUAGAUUUGAGAUCAGUCCUUCUAGGAUUCUCCAGGUGAAAAUUAUGAUGAAUUUUCUUCGUCUUCACUUCAAGGAGUACAGGUCGAAGGAUUUCAAAUACCCCACUAUCAACACCCCACUAUCAACACCCCAUCAUCAACACCCCAGUAUCAACACCCCAUCAUCAACACCCCAUCAUCAACACCCCACUGUCAACACCCCAUCAUCAAC